CGCGGCAGCACAAACAUUCGCGGUUUUCGCGCGCGAAUCGACGCGCCGAUCCUUUUUCUUUGAUUUAAUUUCCACGUCGUCGUGGCAUGCUGGCCGCGUUUGAACGAUACACAGACUCGCGUGCCAACGCGUACGUACUUCGUCGUUCGUUUUUCGUCGGUGAAACCCUGAAUGGACCGAGGAGAUCCUCUUGUGCGCGUCACCGUUGUUGACAUUGCUUCUCUUUCCGGUUCCGCCACUCUUCUCUUUACAAAGAACGCGAUCGAGCGUGCCGGCUACAUUCACAAGGGUGAAAGUGAAUCAUUUGAACUCGAUCGAUACCGUUUCCACGCACAAACGAUCAACCACAUUUGACGAUUAAAGUAUUCGAAACACUCGGUGAGAAGUAGGUAAUAGCGGUGAACCGUGGAUUCGUUGCUGUAAUCGAUGGAAGAGAUAUACACGGUGCAAAUGCAAUCUAUCGUAUUAGUUUCGAGCAUGGUUCCUGGCCUUUUCUAGCGUUUUUUACAUCUUGGUAGCGAAUAAAUCUGCCAACGUUAGAGUAAUUAAUCCGCCAGCUGGAUCCGGUGAGAUCGAUCGACCAACGAACGAACGAACGAACGAACGAAGGCCUGUUUCUCGGAGAUUUCUCGUUUCCGGUGUUCGACCUACUACAGACUUCCCCAUCGGAAGACGAAACUCGAUGAGGAAAAAGGAAACGUUCACCGCGGAAAAACAGGGAAAAAAUAUUAGUAAAUGACAAGCCGCAAAGUGACAAACUUGAGCGAGAAAUAAAAGUUCGAGGACAUCGAAGAAAAAAGCGACUUACGAUGUUGCCGGCAGACCAAGAUAGAUAACUAAAAGAUCAAAGCAAAGUAGGAAAAGCGCAAAAGCAAAGGAAAGCUCGAACACUUUAAGAGACUUACGACUGACGAGCUCCCGCGAAAUGUCAGAACUCGAUGGCAUCGAGGAAAAGUAGCCUAAGGACCCAGAGAACAGGCAAGAAUAAAAUAAGUAAGUGCAACGGCGAUCGCGAGGUACGAGUAGAAAUGGAUAGAAAAGAAAAUAGUUUCGGGGAAAGGGCGGAAGAAAAUUGAGGGGACGGAACGAGGCGGUUCGCGAAAUCCUAACCGGAGAAGUAACCUACUGAUAGAGAUCUAAUGACAGCCGCAAUUGCGGAGCAGGAAUAAGGAAAAGAAAUAAGAUUAAGUGACUCGAGCACGAAACGAGGCGAACAAGGGCAGAGUCGUUGGCGUCGGUGGGAAAAGGGUCGAUUCGAUGAAUAACCGAGCCACGAGGAGGUGGAAGCAUGAGAUUUCCGAGUGGCUGUCUUUCCCCAGCUCGACAAAAGUACUCGGCUUCGCGUUACAUCGACCACCACCUCUCGUGUCACGUAUCAAGAUCCAGUGAGGGGCAAAAAUGGGUGCCAACCAGUCGACGCGAAACGCCCCAUCCCCUGGAGAAGAAGUAAACUUCGAUCACUUUCAAAUCCUUCGCGCCAUUGGAAAAGGAAGCUUUGGCAAGGUGUGCAUAGUUCAGAAACGUGAUCGCACUGGAAACAUGUACGCGAUGAAGUACGUUCACAAGGGAGAGUGCGCCGAAAGGGGUGCGCUAAAGAACGUCGCGCGAGAAGUGGAAAUCCUCUCUCAACUCGAACAUCCCUGCUUAGUCAAUCUGUGGUUUAGCUUUCAAGACGAAGAAGAUUUGUUCAUGGUUUCCGAUUUGCUCCUCGGAGGUGAUUUGAGGUAUCACAUACAACAGGAGGUCGUCUUCACGGAGGAGAGCGUCGUACUUUUCGUCGCAGAAAUCGCGUUGGCCCUUGAUUAUCUGCAGAGUCACAAAAUCGUUCACCGGGACAUAAAGCCCGACAAUAUCCUCUUGGACGAGGAAGGACACGCGCACGUGACGGAUUUCAACAUCGCAACGGUGCUGGAGAACGGUGAAUUAGCGACGUCGAUGUCAGGAACAAAACCGUACAUAGCUCCAGAAAUUUAUAUGUGUUCCUGCGAAGAGUACGGCGUACUUGGCUACGGUUUCGCCGUGGAUUGGUGGAGUCUAGGAAUUCUUGCAUGGGAAACCCUUGCAGGAGAACGUCCUUAUUCUCUUCAUUCCACUACGUCGCAUAGAGAAGCUUUACGGAUUUUACAGGAAGAGAGGCCAACACCUGUCGGAUGGAGUCCCUCGAUGCUCGAUCUUCUAGACAGAUUGUUAACCGUGGCACCAGGCGCGCGGAUAUCGACGUUAAAGGAACUGAAGCAAAUAAGCUUGAUGAAAGACCUCGACUUCGACAAAGUGUUGAACAAGCAAAUCAAACCGGCGUUCACACCACCAAAGGAUCAUCUCAAUUGCGACCCAACGUUCGAGCUCGAGGAGAUGAUCGUCGAGAAGAAGCCCUUGCACAAGAAAAAAAAACGUCUGGCUAAGCAAAGAUCUCUAAAAAUCGAGCAAACCUCGGAGGAUGUAGUCGGGCUGGCGGAAGUAUUCAUCCCGGAAUACCGUGUAUAUAAUCGGGAACGCGAGAUGGAAAGACAGGAACGAGAGAGGAAGGAGAAACAGUGGGAAGAGGAACUGAACACUGCCAUGAUGGGUGCCGAAGAGAGGCUGAAGACGAACCACAAGUCGGGACGAAAUCUGCUGAGCGUCUCGACAACGAACGUCAAGAUGCACGUAAACGCAUCCCCGAGCCCGAGCUCGAGGCAAGGCAGACGCGCGAGUACCGCAACAUCAUCCGACAUCGACUUCAUCGACGCAAGCCCGGAGCCCUCCACUUCGUAAAUUCCAUCGGAAUGAUUUUUCCCGCGAUGAAAAGUGAAGGUCGCGUCGAAGAGUACGCGCAUCGAGUGUAAUGGGAUUGUCGUUAUAGUAUACCCUCAGUCUCAGCCUCGCUCUACCGAGAAACAUUUGAAAAGUUCAUUUUCGAGCGUAAAGUUGGUUAUUCUCUGUGUUCUCUAAACUUCCGAACGACGAUCUUUUCGCCUUUUCGGUCUUGCGACUCUUACCUUACGAUCAAAUGUGAUAAUCGCGCUUUCAAUAGGAAUAGGGUAGUCAUAGAGGCCUAAACGAGUCUUCUAUUUCUUUUUUAUCCGACACCAGUCUUUCGUUUCGCAAUCCUCAGCGAAAGUUAUCGUAAAAUUGACUCGCACACCCCUCUCUUACCCGACCCCUAUCUCUCUACCGUACCCUCUUAUCUCCGUAAGGGAUCACGUAUUCGUUUAUUUUUAUUAAAAAAAGAAGAAUGAAAAAAGAAAAAAUAGGAAAAAGUAAAAAAAAAAUCUCGACAAAAUGUAGCAUCCUUUUGGAAAGCACUUUGGAUCUACGUCUACGACUUUCUUUCCUAACGUCUUCUUCCAUCUGGAAAUAUCGAAGAAAACGUACGAUUCCAAAGAAACUCCAAACAUUCUAUACGACUUGCUACUCCCGCAAUCACUCGACAGUUUGUACGUGUCGCUUAACUUUCCUCUUUAGGAAAUUCUGCCACGUGGAACGCUGCCCUGCUCGCUUUCGUUAAUCGAAAGAAGAAACGAGCUUUCGAAAUGGUAAAUACAUGAAAACGUAAGAAUUUUAGAUUCUAACGCACCCAAAAUCAACGAUUGCACUCUUAAUUAUACAAUAAAGAAACACCAAGAACGAUGUAAUUUUGUAAACGAUCACGAAAAGUAUACGAAAACGUUAUAACACGAAAUACAUGUUUGUACACUUCGACGAUUCGGUACCUGUCCGCCUUUCCGCGGAACCAAUCGAUUCGAACUUUUAAUAUUUUCGUACUAUUAGAGAUAGUCCUUGUUCUUCCGUUUGAAUUUCUAUAUGUAGGCAUAUCUUUCUAGCGCGGAACGAUACGCCCACAUCAUCCGUCUCCGUCUUAACACGAAUAGGACGAGAUAGAAGAACGAAAGAAUGACGAAACGUUUGCGAUAAGAAGUUUAUCCGAGAAUUCGAUUAAAGCUAAUGUAAUUUCACUAUCCGUCGAGCUACGAAGACAGAAACUCUCCUGAGUUGCUUCACAUUUUCUUGGAAAUUAAGAAUUCACCGAGGUAAGUACUUACUUUUUUAAUCGUGAACCGUUGCGUUCGAUUCGAGGAAUUUAAACCCGCCAAAGAAACGAACUGUUCGGAUAGCUUUGCAAACGUUACUAACAGUUGCAUUAAUAACAAAAUCAACAAUAACGAUGAUUAAAGUAAUGACUACCUAUCUCUAUGCUAUAAGAACGAUGAAUCGCGUUUUUAAUAUCACAAAAUUAUUGCAACUGCACACCUAUCUUUCAACACUAUCAAUGUUAACUCUAAAUACAACAUCGUGAAAAUAGAAUGGGUUUUAUAGCCCUAUCUACCUAGUGUGAAAAUAUUCCUCAAGAAAAAUAACAUAUAUACCGGAUGUUGACUUAUUCUUUUGUGUCACAAAUAUUAUUUAUCGAUUGACUAAACUAUCAUCAGUCAACACUAUGAGAUCUAUCUGAAAGAAAAUCGGACGAAUGUAUAAAAUAAUGAAGGUAAACAUAACGAAUAAUAAGACAUUGUUAUUAUAAGAACAAGCAAUGGAUACC